UUUCAAUGCUCAAAUCUCAAAAAAGAGACAAAGUCAGUUUCUUGGAAGCCACUCUAUGAACUUGUGACUUUAUAUAUACAAUCACCUCCUGUAAGGUUGCCCCAUAGCGUUGAACCCUUCAUGUUCAAGCCAUUGAUCAUCAACUCUCUCUCUCUCUCUCUUCUACAAUUUCCUUUCACAUUCCUUCAAUUGUUUGUGUUAGAAAUUUUUUUCACUUUCAUCAUGCUUACAUUAAUAGUAUUCUUUUUUUAACAUUUCCUUUUUGGGGUUUGGAUCAAAUUGUGCAUUACUCUGUUUUAUAGAGCUCAAUCUAAAUAGGCAAUAGACUCGGAGUGGAAAAAACAAGGCAGAAAUGGCUGAUUGUCCCACGAAGGACCAACUGGGUUGUGGUCUAAUGGGAGGGAUUUUCUCUCGCCGGAGCUUCUGGCAAAGGAAAACAGUUGUACAUUCGCUGCCUGCAGAGAGCAGCAACAAUAUCUUGAAGGAAAAGCUUCCUCCUGUCCAUGUUUCCAAGAGGCAGAGAAGCAAAUCUGAAGCUGCCAUUCUUGACACCUCCAAUCUGGCUAAACCAUUGCCAGAAGAAGGUAAAAAACACAGAAGAAGGCAUAGUUUGGUUGCUCCAAGAGCUUCAACUUCUAAUCAGAAGAAUGAAAGUAGAAAAUCCUCAGAUGCUGCAAGAAGCUCAACAUCAUCUUCGGGUUCGAGCCAAAUAAAAUUGUUACGGACCACUGAGGCAAAGUUAAGGAAGGACUCCGCAAGUGAAUCCAGAGAGCUUAGUGUAAGCACCACAACUAAUCAUCAACAAUCUAAUAAAAAAGCGCUGGUUCGAGCUACUUCGAACAAUGUGAUGCUAUUAGGCGAGUUGGGCAACUUGAGGCAGCUGGGAAGUGGGAACGUUGCAGGUAAUAACGGUUCUAAUUCCACAAUAAAGACUACAGAUUUCCUUCAUAAGGAUAUUCAAAAAGCAAACUCCACGCCCAGAACUACAAAGAGCUAUAGCAAACUUGGAGGUAAUGGUGUUAUGGGCAACAUCGUGAGGCAGUCCAGCGGCGAGUUUCGACAAUGUCAAAACCUAACAAGCAGAAUGGACCCUGAAGUUCUGAAGAAUAUGGGAAAUGAGAAGUACAAACAGGGUAGAUUUGAAGAGGCCUUAGCUUUUUAUGAUCGAGCUAUUGCUCUCGAUUCGAGUAAAGCAACAUAUCGAAGCAAUAGAAGUGCUGCUUUGAUAGGACUAGGUCGGCUUACAGAUGCAGUCUCCGACUGCAAAGAAGCAAUCAGGCUUGAUCCUUCUUAUCAAAGAGCACAUCACCGCUUGGCUACACUAUAUUUCAGAUUAGGAGAAGCGGAGAAAGCAUUGUAUCACUACGAACAAUCAGGUCCCCAUGCUGACUCUGAAGACGUUGCUCAAGUUCAGGCCUUGCAGAAGCACCUGAACAGGUGCAUCCAAGCUCGAAAAUUAAAAGAAUGGAAUACUUUGGUAAAGGAAACCGACUGUGCAAUCUCCUCUGGUGCUGAUUCAUCUCCGGAGGUAUAUGCAAUGCAAGCCGAGGCCCUGCUAAGACUGCACAGACACGAGGAAGCCUACAGAUCCUACCGUCGGGCGCCGAGUUUUAGCGUUGAUUCUUGCGCUAAGUGCGUUGGCUCGGCUGGCACCUCUUACCUCUUAAUAAUUGGAGCACAGGUGUAUAUGGCUGCAGGCAGGUUUGAAGACGCUGUAGCGGCAGCUCAGCAAUUAGCACAAAUCGAUCCAAGCAACAGGGAAGUCAGCACAGUAGUAAAAACAGCUAGAGCUGUAGCAUCUGCAAGACUGAGUGGGAACCUGCUGUACAAGGCAUCCAAGUACUCAGAGGCCUGCAUUGCAUACAAUGAAGGGCUAGAACAUGACCCUAAUAACUCAAUUUUACUAUGCAACCGAGCAGCUUGUCGAUCCAAGCUUCACCAAUUUGAAAAAGCUGUGGAAGACUGCACUGCGGCUCUUAGGUUUCAGCCUAACUACAGCAAGGCCAGGCUAAGGAGGGCUCAUUGCAAUGCCAAGCUUGAAAGAUGGGAAGCUUCAAUUCAAGAUUAUGAGAUGUUGAUAAGAGAAAGUCCAGCAGAUGAGGAGAUAGGCAGGGCCUUGUUUGAGGCCAAGAUUCAGCUGAAGAAGCAACGCGGUGAAGACACCAAGGACCUGAAAUUCGGUUCUAAUUUGGUCUUCAUUUCCAGUAAUGAACGUUUUAGAUACUUUGUAACUUCGCCUGGAAUGUCAGUGGUGCUGUUCUGUAAUAAAGAGAAUCACAGGCAAGUGUUGCAGCUGAUGGAGCAAGUCUGCAAGAGAUUCCCAUCUGUCAACUUUCUCAAGGUGGAGGUGGAGGAUCAUCCAUACUUAGCAAAGUCAGAGAGUGUAACAGCUCUUCCAUCCUUCAAGAUAUACAAGAAUGGAUCAAGGGUGAAAGAAAUUCCAGGCAACAACCGGGAAUUGCUGGAAAAAUCAGUUAAAUUGUACAGCAGUUGAAUAAGAUAAUUAACCAAAACUGUAAACAAUUAUAAAUAUUAAUAUGGGAAAGAAAGCAGCACCACAUAUUAAAUUUAAAAGCAGAAGAAAAGUUAAAAGAAGGAAUCAGGCUGCCUGCACCAUGGAUUAAACAAAUUGGAGAUUUUUUUUUUCUUGAUAAUAAUUUAAUUUAUUAUUACUAUUAUUUUUAAAAUUUUGGUUACUUUGAAUAAGAUGCUUAAUUACUCUGUUUAA